CAACAUCAUUAUUUUGGAUCUUUCUCUUCUAUGAGAUUAUCCUACGGGGGCGACCCAGACUCGGCACGGAAUCCCCAUCGCCGAGAUGAUGAGCAAAUGGUCCGCAAAGCCGGCCGAUCACAAGGCCACCAGGCUGCGCAACAACCAGCGACGCCACCGGAAGCGAGUCAAGGAUCAAAUCGUGGAACUCGAGACCCGUCUAGCAGAUACUCAGACACAGCUUAACUGUGCUCUUACCCGUAUCGACGAGCUUUCCCGGGAACUGGACCAAUCAAAAAUGCACAACAAAUCGAUGUCGCUGCGGAGUCUCGGCGAGUCGAAAGAUCAUUCAACUGCGGUUGAUGCAGCGGCUGAGCCAUUGGAAUUUAGUCAUGGUUGUCUAUCAGUCCCAGUGGGAGAGUCUGCCAUGAUUCUGGGAGAUGACCAUUGCCCCCUGGCACAGAGAGGAAAUGACGAACCGAUCCAGCAGCCCUCUCUUCUUCAAAGCGAGACCAUCCCUAUCGUGGACCCAUCUUGUACUCAUCCACCCCAGUUAUUGGCCCCGUCUGGAAACGACAUCAUGUUACAAGGGCAUCUACCGGACUACGAGGCAUUUGCAGGCUCUGCAGACUCUAACUGCUGUCACUUGCCGCCUCCAGAACCCGGCAAAUCGACCACUCGCUGCCGAGAUGCAUAUCUUAUCAUCGCUCAACAAAAUUACAAAGGCUUGGAUAGCACUGCUUUACGCAGCUGGUUAGAACCCGGGUUUAGAGGAGCAAUCCGUGAAGGAGAUGGAUGCCGUGUGGAGACAGACUUGCUGUUUGCGUUGUUGGACCUUAUUAGCUCCUCUCAUUAGCCUCAUGCAAGAAGAAGUUUGGUCGGCGGUCCAAUCAUCGUUAAGCCUUAACAAGUGUCCC